UCUCCCCCUUCUCUAAAAGAAUGAAAAAUUGCAAAGGAGAUUUGAGAGUUGGGUGGAAGAAUUGGGAGCAAUGGCAGGUGAUGGCUUAUCGGCGAAUAUGGCUGGAAUGUCCAAAAAUCAGCUAUACGAUAUUAUGUCUCAGAUGAAGGCGCUAGUGGAACAGAACCAGCAGCAAGCAAGGCAAAUUCUCAUACAAAACCCUAACUUGACUAGAGCACUCUUUCAGGCACAAAUAAUGCUCGGGAUGGUGCAGCCCCCACAAGCAAUUCCGACCAUCCAGCCGACAGGAGCAUUGAAUCCUCAGCCAUCAGCAUCUCAGCUUCCACAGUCAAAUGUUCAGACCACUCCAUCGUUGCCAGGGCAAAUUGGCAUUCAGGAACAAACAAGAAAGCAGCAGCAGAUUCAACCUGCUCCAAUAGUGCCAUCCGCUUCUCUUCCACCCUCGAACCUUCAAUCCCCAUCCUUGCCAUCUCAUCAGUUGCAGUCGGUGCAGCAGCAGAAAGGACAUAUUGGUCAAGCCCCACCAAUCUCUUUACCACAAACCUCUCAAGUUCCUAAUAUGGCACCACUUCCUCGUCAUUCUGCUGCACCACUGCCAUCUCAUCUUCAACAACAGAUGCCUCCGGCAUCCCCCAAGUUGGAGCCACCAAUGCAAACUAGUGGAACUCAACACCUGCCUAUGCAAUCACAGCUACCACCACAAGUGAGACCACCGAUGCAACCCUUCCCUCAUCAAGUUCAUCCUCACAUGGGGCCCAAUGUUGGUUAUCAGCCGCAAUCUGGAGCAACUCAGCACCACCAUUCACAACCUCCUUAUCAUCCUGCUAUGAGGCCUCCAGCAAGCAUGGGACCUUCUUUUCUACCGGGACAACCACCAGGUCCAAGUCAGCUGCCACCCCAGUCUCUAUAUCAGAUGGGAGGUUCACAUUUGAGACCAGAAUUCAAUCAAGUUGGAAGUUCAAUGCAAGCAGAUCGAGCAUCUCCUUGGAUUCCCAGCUUGCCAGAGAAUACAUCAGGAACACAGCUCCCAGGACCACCAUCAUUCCCUGCACAGAUGGCCCCGAGCAAUCAGCCUUCUAGACCGGCAGCACUGUCCCCGGAGAUGGAAAAGGCACUUCUUCAGCAAGUAAGGAGUCUGACCCCAGAACAGAUUAACAUGCUACCUCCGGAGCAAAGGAAUCAAGUGCUUCAGUUGCAGCAAAUGCUCCGUUAAUUAGAAGCUAGUGUUGCAAAGGACAAGUUUGCGAAGAAAUUGGAAUCUUACUGACUGGCUGAUCAGUUUUUCUAUUUAUGCAUUCCCAUUGGGUGGUGUAGAUGGACAGCGCGCCCCUUGUUAAAUUGUGUGUUUCCUCCUUUGUGAAGGUUAUUUUCCUUAGCUCAUUUAGGGUUGCCUGUCAUGUUCCCAGUAAAUCAUAUGUGUUGCGUAUAGGCGUUCGUGAAGCUCCUUUGGUGCAUAUAUAUCCAUUUUUCCAAUCCUGGAGCCUCUCCUUUAAUAUCUAUGGUCGCUUACAUGUAGUAUGGUACUGUAUAAGCAUAGCCUAAUGCAACUGAAGUAUGAGAUUGUGAAACAGUAGUCCCUCCCCUUUAUCUUGUAUCCCAAGUUUCCAGAAAUAUUUGGAUUUGCGGAUGCUUGUUACUAACAGUUAGCUCAACUUUGUGGAAGCUAUGGUUAGAUCUCA